GGUGUGCAGAUAACACAGAAAUACCUCUGGAGUAUGUAACACUACGUGAGAUGCAAUAUAAGUUGUUCUCAGUCGCGGAGAUCUAUCCUGAUUGCCCUCCAACAUGCCCUCGAAACCAAGCAGCAGGAGCCAUGGACAGCAAAAUAUGGCACAGUGGCAGACCUCGGUUUCACGGGAUUUAUGAGCUACUCCCACCUACCCUACACACGUUGUCUGGAUGAUCCAUCGACAACCUUUGACAUUGCUGUUCUAGGCAUGCCAUUUGACACAGCGACUUCUUACAGACCAGGUGCACGCUUCGGACCAUUUGCAAUUAGAUCUGGCUCUAGACGUCAGUUCCCUGAGCGCGGCUACGCGUUGGACUGGAUGACGAACCCGUUCACCCGUGCAACAAUGAUUGACUGUGGAGACGUCCCUGUCAGCCCCUAUGACAAUGCAUUAGCUAUUGAUCAAAUGGAAACUGCGUAUAACACACUCUUGGCACGACCCGUGAAUGGAAGUGCUAGUUCGCGCACCGCAAAGCUUGCGCGUGAUGAGGUGGAACACCCUCGUAUACUGACAUUAGGCGGAGACCAUACCAUCGUGCUUCCGAUUCUUCGAUCUCUUCAUAAGGUUUAUGGACCUAUCUCUGUCAUUCACUUUGAUGCACACGUCGACACCUGGCCGAGCUCGGGACGCAUUAGCGAACAGUCCAAGGUCAAUCAUGGGACCUAUUUCACGUUGGCAUUCGAGGAGGGACUUAUGUCCAACACCAGUAUUCAUGCUGGGAUCCGGAACAAAGUGGAGGGCCCUGAGCUGAUCGAACAUGACGAAGAAGUUGGCUUUGAGCUUAUCAUGGCUGAUGAUAUCGACGACCUUGGAACAGAUGAGAUCAUCAAGCACAUCCGACAACGCAUCGGCGAUUCCCCUGUUUACCUGAGCUUUGACAUUGACACCAUUGACCCUGGCCAGGCACCCGCAACUGGUACACCAGAGCCUGCUGGAUGGACCAGUCGAGAAACCAAGCGAAUUCUUCGAGGUCUUGCUGGAUUGAACUUUGUUGGGGCUGACAUUGUCGAGGUUGCUCCAGCAUACGAUAAUGCUGAUGUCACUGGAAUCCUUGCUGCUAACCUUGCAGACGACUUCCUCACCCUGUUCGUUACCGACGAACCUCCUAAGCGACAUGUACAGCGAAAGCGAACCCUCACCGACGAACUUUAGAACACGGGACGAGGACGCGACUUGCUGUCAGUACUCAUGCUAAGUUGUCAUUCGAGACAAGCCACUGUUUCGUAAUAGAAUACA